AUUGCCUCGAUUAGAAAGCUUCGGCUACAACUUGAGCGGAUUAUUAAGAGUUUAUCCUUAGCGAUAUCUAAGCAUAAAAUGGAUUCAAAUAUUACUGAAUUUUAUAAAAAUAAGACCAUUUUCUUAACCGGUGGCAGCGGAUUCCUGGGAAAAUUGAUCAUUGAAAAACUGUUGCGGACAACGGAGGUGGAACGUAUCUAUAUGCUAAUACGGCCCAAACGUGGCGAGCAAAUCCAGAGUCGCAUGGCUGCUUUUCGCAGCAAUUUUAUGUUCAGCGAACUGCUUAAAUUGAAGGCCAACUCCCUGGAGAGGGUAUUACCCAUAGCUGGGGACUGUGCACUGCCGGACUUGGGAUUGAGCGAGGCAGACAGGCAGGUGCUCAUCAAGGAGGUGCAAGUGGUGGUGCACGGUGCAGCCACGGUGAACUUUGUGGAGCCGCUUAGCAUCGCGUUGAGAAUCAACACGCGUGCAACUCGUCUACUUGUGCAGCUAGCCAAGCAGAUGGGCCGCCUGGAGGCAUAUGUCCAUGUGUCGACGGCGUUCUCGAAUUGCCCGGUCGAGCACAUCGGCGAGUGCUUCUAUCCCGAGCUAUUGAGCUGCACGGCUGACAAGGUUUUGGCGCUGCAGGAUCAGCUGAGCGACGAUCUGAUUGACCAAAUGACACCGGCCCUGCUUGGCAAGUUUCCCAAUACCUACACCUACACAAAGGCGCUGGCGGAGCAGGUGGUGCAAAGGGAGGCUGCCGAUCUACCGAUAUGCAUAUUUCGGCCAGCCAUGAUUCUUCCCAGCUUAAAGGAGCCCUUCCAAGGAUGCAUUGACAACCUCUAUGGACCCAUUGCCCUGUCAUAUGGCUGUGCCGCUGGCGUUGUACGCGUCGUGACCUUAAAGAAAGAAUCCCGAUCCAAUGUUGUGCCAGUCGACUAUUGUGUCAAUUUAGUCCUGUCCUGCGCCUGGCAAACAGCUGUGGCAACCCAGCUCAACGCCCAGCGCCGAAUACCUGCACCAGAUCCAACUAUUUACAACUUUGCUCCUGCCGCUCGAAACCCGAUAACAUGGGGGCAAUACGCGGUAACGUACGAAAAGAAUAGGCAUAUUUAUCCAGUAAAUCAAAUGAUAUGGUUCCCGUUCGCCAUUUUAACCAACAAUUUGUGGCUCUUCAAGCUGUUGACAGUGCUCUAUCACCAUCUGCCCGGCUUUCUCAUCGAUAUGGGUUUGCGUCUAAAGGGCCAGAAGCCGCGAAUGAAAAGAAUCUAUAGUAAAGUACACGAGGGCCUCAAAAUAUUACUCCCAUUUGCUUUCCCUAAUUGGACGUUCGAGAUGGGCAAUUCUGAUCGGCUCUUACAGUGCAUGUCACCACAGGAUCGGUUAAAAUUUGACUUCGAUAUGAAUAUUCUAGAUUGGAAGCAAUAUAUGGUCGUUGCCCUCAUGGGAAUGCGUGCAUAUCUGUUCAAAGAAGAGUUAACCAAGGAAUCCCUUCAAUCCGCAAAGAAGCUAUAUAAACGAUUUUUAAUACUCAAUUAUGUUGUACAUUUUAUUGCCUGCUGCAUUCCUGCUGCCCUUUUGUGGUGGGUCUAUAUGAAGUUCUAAGGUGGAAUCUCAGUCUUAUAGAUAUAUAAUUUCGCUUACAAUAAAGGGUAAAUUGUUUUUAUUUUACAUUGUUUGCCCACUAAAUAAAUCAAACGCAAAGUUCACUAUAA